CUCAGAGCCCGAUGGACGAUCCGAGCGAGACGAUUGUCAUCGCGCCGGCGACGAAGGCGCCCAAGCCGCGCCGCAAGAAGACGCCCAAGAAGCAAGCGCCCGCAGACGAGGCCGCCGGCGACGACGCAGCCGCUAGACCAUCACUCACGACGCACCCGGCGGACGGGGAGCCCGUGACCGCACACGAGACCAAGCCGCGCCAGAAGCAGAAGAAGCAGCCUAUGAUAUCGCCGAACGUGCAGCCACCGCCCGCGCCGAUCGGUGCGCAACCGGCGUCCUCCGACUCGCCCGGCGACAACGGUGCCUCGGCGCCAGCCAAGAAACGUCGCCCGCGCAAGAACAAGCCCAAGCCUGCAUCGUCUGCUACCGUGGCGACUGCGGACGCGACAGUGGACGCGACCUCGAGCCAUAGCGUCCCCAACGACACUGGAAUGGUCGCGUCGCCCAAGACCAGCGCCAGCGCCAUGCCAAUGUCGCCGAAGGUCAAGGAAAACCCCCCGACAAUCGCAGACGCCAAGGUCUCCAAGACCAAGAAGAACAAGAAGAAAAAGGCCAAGAGCGAAAGCACAGUGCCUCUUGAAGAGGGUUCGUCGGCGGCGGAUGGUGUAUCGCUGCUGCUCGGCGCAACGUCCCUGGUGAAGGAGCCCAAGAAAUUCGAUCGCCAGACAAAGAAAGCAGUCGCGACUACCGACUGCGCCACGACAGCAGUCGAAGACAAACCGGCGCUUGGCACCAAGAAGAAGAACAAGAAGCAACCACACAAGGACGCUGUCCGCAAGGCCUCGGACGACGCGCCGGCGCUCAGUGACAAGCCCACGCCGGCGCCCAAAUCCAACAAGUCGAAGAAGGCAGGCGACCCGCUCUACGCGGCCCAUGUCUCGGAGAAGGACGCGCACGUUGGUCUUGCGAGAGGCACGUACCUCCAAGGUCUUCUUCGCGUCAGUAAAGGCAACAAGUACGACAGCUACGUGACCGUCGAGGGCCUCGACACAGACAUCAACAUCCACGGGGUUGUCGACCAGAACCGCGCGGUCGACGGCGACCUCGUCCUCAUUGAGCUGCACCCGCAGUCGCAGUGGAAGACGACGUCGUCGCCAAAGACAUCCACAGUCGUCGUGCCAACGUCGACAACGGUCGUGCCGCCAGGUCUCUGGAACCCGCUAGUGACGGCCACGUCGCCGGGGCCGAAACCCGCGAGCACCAAGGGCACGUCGGCGCUGCAGGCAACGCUCUCAGCCCUAGAAGCGCGCCUCAAGAACGCCAGCCUCCAGCCCACGGGCAAGGUCGUGCGCAUCGCCAAGCGCGGCGACCACGUGUACAUUGGCACGGUGCGUGUCACAAGUGGUGCUGCGCUCUUUGACGCGCGCGACGAGCGCCUGCCCCGGGGCAUCCGCAUUCCGAGCGGCACGAUGCCGAGCGAGUACACGACGGACCCUGAAGAGUUUUCCACCACCAAGCUGUGCAUUGUCAAGCUCGGCACAUGGGCAACGAGCCACCGGUCGCCACAGGGAAUUUUUGUGCAAACCACUGGGUUGAUUGGUACGAGCGCGCCCGAGAUCGAAGCGCUCCUCAUCGCCACGGGCGUGGAAGAUCAUUUGUUGCCGUUUGUUCCGGCGAUCGAAGCGUCGCUGCCGUCCGAAGACUGGGUCGUCCCGGACGACGAAGUCGCGCGCCGCCGGGACCUCCGCGACUGGACCAUCUUCUCGAUCGACCCGUGGAACGCGCGUGAUCUUGACGACGCGCUCUCGAUCCAGCGCCUCGCCGACGGCACGUUUGAGAUUGGCGUGCACAUUGCCGACGUUGCGCAUUUUGUGGAGGCGGGGUCGCCUCUCGACGCCGAGGCCAAGCGCCGCUGCACCAGUGUGUACUUGGUCAACCAGGUGCUGCCGAUGCUACCGCGCCGGCUCUGCGAGUCGCUCUGCUCGCUCCAGCCGUACACGGACCGGCUCGCCUUCUCGGUGGUGUGGCGUAUGCAUCCCGACGGCAUGUUUGUCGUCGACGCGCCGAUUUGGUAUGGCAAGACGCUGAUUCGGUCCGUGUGCCAGCUCGACUAUGGCACGGCGCAGCUCUUGCUCGAGAUGCCAUUGCAGCAAAACGGCGACAUGACGUACUCGGAAGAGAUGUGGCCGACCGCGCGGCGUCCGCAAGAUGCAUCCCUGUACCGGGUCGUGCACGAAAAUGUCCAGCAACUCUGGUCGCUGGCUCAAACGCGCCGCCGAGUGCGCUUCGAAACCGGCUCGGUGAGUCUCCAAAACACCAAGUUGAGCUUUGUGCUCGAUGGCGAUGCGCCGAGAAGUGUCGCAUCGUACCCGAUCCGCGACUCGAACCGGCUCAUUGAAGAGUUCAUGCUUGUUGCCAACUUUCUCGUCGCGCAAAAGCUGCUCCAGGCACCGCACAACGUCGCUGUUCUGCGGCACCACCCGGUGCCCGACCCAGAUCAGUGGCCCCGGGCGUGGCACGACCUUGCAGCGAUCGGUAUCACAAAAGACCCGAGCGUCGAGCUCAGCACGUGGCUCGACGACCUCUUGGCGACGCGGGGCGAGCGUGUCUUCUCGGCCGUCAUGCACGUACUCACCAAGCCGAUGCAGCCGGCUGCGUACAAUGUGGCCGACCAGCUGACGCACGACGACCGCCAUUAUGCGCUCAACAUUCCGUACUACACGCACUUUACAUCGCCGAUUCGCCGGUACGCCGAUGUGCUCGUGCACCGUCUCCUGCUUGCAAGCCUCACAGACGAGCGCGUGGGCGUCAACCCCGACGACGUGGAUCGCUGCAACCGCCAAAAGGCCAACGCCAAGAAUGCGCAAGUCGGCUGCGACAAGCUCUUUUUGGCCAUGUACCUCGCCGAGAAGCCAACGGAAACGAGUGGCACGGUCGUCGGCCUCGGCAACAAGAGCUUCACAGUGCUCAUGCCCGAGUUUGGGUUCGAGAAGCGUCUCUUCUUGGAGGACAUUGGCGCGACGGGCGAGCUCGACAAGCUCACCAACCACCUCAAGAUCUCGGUCUUUGGCGCUAAGCUCGACCUCGGCUACUUCUCCGAAGUGCGCUUGAAGCUCUCGGCGACUCGAGUUCCUCUGGAGAUUGUCGUCGACCUGGUCGUAGCCUAGACUCUAUCUUCAAUAACCUUUGUCACCAUACACGAGCACUGGCUCGGCACGAGUGCGAUGUAAUACUACAUUGGUCCAUGGAUAUUUG